GUCAGUGGUUUCUUCAUGGGCCUCAGUGUCAUUGGUUCAAUCUUCAACAUCACAGGGAUCGCAGUCAACAGAUACUGCUACAUCUGUCACUCCUUCUCCUACAGUCGCCUCUACAGCUACCGCAACACGCUGCUGUUUGUUGCCUUGAUUUGGCUGCUCACCGUCGUGGCCAUCGUCCCCAAUUUCUUCGUGGGGUCGCUGCGCUACGACCCCAGGGUCUACUCCUGCACGUUCGCCCAGAACGUCAGCAGCUCCUACACAGUGGCCGUGGUGGUGAUUCACUUCCUGGUUCCCAUCGCCGUGGUUACCUUCUGUUAUCUUAGAAUAUGGGUGCUUGUCAUUCAG